AACAUACAACAACUACAACUUAAGUAACUACCACACCUAUGUGCACAUGAUCUUUACACUUUGUCUGCUAUUGAUCUACAAAACCAUGACACAUUAUAACUUCAGACUGUCAUGUUGUCAGGCCCACCUCCCUGGUCCCUGCAUCUGCCCCCACCUGACCUCCCUUUAUUCUCCCUGUCUCUCCUUUUUCUGUUUUUCUCCUAUUCCACCUCUUCAUUCCCCCUCUCUCUAUGCCUCUCUCUCUCUCCCGUUCUGUGUCUGUCUUGCUCCACUGUGCUGCUUUCUGCAGCGGCUGCAACACAUCAGUCGUCGGCUCAUCAGCAGAACUCCGGGCAGCUGUGGCGCAGCACACCUGUCAUCUCCUCCUCUGCAAAAAAAAGCCGGUUCACCACUCCACACCCUGCCAGAUUGUAGCUUCAGCUCUGACAUCACCCGCUGGCCCGCGGUGCCCGGUGCUGCAUCCCUGCCCUGCUUUGCAUCUGGACCCCCAGCCUUGCCCAGGAUUACCCUGACCCCCCUCUCUGGAUUCCCCCCAACAUUGUCAUCCCACCACCUCUCGGACUCUCCCCGGCCUGCCUUUGGAUUCCACCCAGCCUCGCUCAGUGGACAAGCUCCCCCCGGACAUUCUCCAGACCACCAUAGCCACUCUCUGCACCCACCCACACCACCGGUGCUGUGUUGCUGACCCGUCGGUCUCCGGCAGCCUGCCCCCUCCUCGUCCAGCCCCAUUUGUGAGUCUCAGUUAGUUUAUUCCUGGCUUCAGUUUCAUAGUUUUUCUCCCCUUCAGUUUAGUUCUUCAUUUCCCCCCUUGGUUCUUCCUGUUUGAUAUAAUUUGCGUUUAAAUAAAUCUUG